AUGCGAAUUCGACCUGAUGUGGCUAGACUGAAAAUUGCAGAUGUGAAAGAAGUGGCUCUCUCAUUGAGUGGCUGCGGCUUUCUUGGAACUUACCAUAUCGGAGCCUCAUUCUGUUUAUAUAAACAUGGAAAAUUAAUGAUGUCAAAAGUGACACGAGUGGGUGGAGCGUCGGCUGGAGCGCUUGUCGCGUCGUUGUUGGCGUUGAGACCGGAGAGUUUGCUGAAAGGGCUGGCCACUUUUUACAAGAUGGCUCACGAAUUGCAUCGUUUACCCUAUGGAGCAUUGACGCCUGGAUAUGUACUUCAAAAGAGAUUGCUUGAAAUCGUCGACGAGCACAUUCCGGAGGAUAUCUCGCGAGCACAGGGUCGUUUAAUGAUUUCAUUGACGAAUUACAAGACAAUGAGAAACGAGUUGGUGACAAAAUUCCGUGAUCGGGAGCAUUUGAUCGAGUUGUUGUUGGCCUCAUGUUACAUUCCAGGCUACAGCAAGGGUUUUCAAGCGGAUUUCCCAAAAAUCGACGGAAAUACUUAUUUUGAUGGUUUUUAUGCGAAUAAUUUGCCAGAUUGGAGUGAUAUUAAAACGAUUACUGUAUCACCGUUUUCCGGAAAUGCUGACAUUGCUCCAAACGAUCCCCCGCCUUUCACAUAUCCAUGGGCAUUCGAUUUUGGAAAACAUUUGAUCAGGGCAAAUCUCCGUAAUCUAAUCCGUGGAAAGCAUGCUUUAUUCCCGCCACCAGUCGACGUUUUACGACAAUACUAUCGACAGGGCUUUACAGACGCUCACACUUUCCUCAAAAUCAAUCACUUAACCGAUGUCCAAUUGACUGAAGAGUUGUUAAAAGAUGAAUAUUUGAGUGAA